UCGCGAUCAAACUCGAUUAGUACGAGUACACAACCCUCCAUUUCCAGUGGCGGGGUCUGAACCACCCCGAAAGCCAUGUCCUCCCCUUCCCCAAGAUGGAAGCCUCUUCCCUUCUCCUCUCCUUCCCUCCGCCUUUAUCUUUCUCCCUAUCUCUUCAUCACCGCCUUCAUCCAUCCUUUCUCUCUUCUCCAUCUCGAUCUCCUUCUUCGGUGAUCUCCGGCGAGUGCGGGCGGCGGCGGCGGGGACCAAAAUGGGGCGAGGGAAGAUUGAGAUUAAGCGGAUCGAGAACUCCACCAACCGGCAAGUGACCUUCUCCAAGCGGCGGAAUGGGAUCAUCAAGAAGGCACGGGAGAUCAGCGUCCUCUGCGAUGCCCAGGUCUCCGUCGUCAUCUUCUCCAGCUCCGGCAAGAUGUCCGAGUACUGCAGCCCCUCCACCACGCUGUCGAGGAUUCUCGAGAGGUACCAGCAUAACUCUGGCAAGAAGCUCUGGGAUGCCAAGCACGAGAGUCUUAGUGCUGAGAUCGACCGGAUCAAGAAAGAGAAUGACAACAUGCAGAUCGAGCUGAGGUUUAUUUUGGAAUGCUGUUUUUUCAUUUAUUGUACCUCGUUCUGCUGGCCGAUUUUGAUUUAUUGGGUGUUUCAUGGUGAUUUCUUCACGGUGAUCGCUAGGCAUUUGAAGGGUGAGGAUCUGAACUCACUGAGCCCAAAGGAACUCAUUCCAAUUGAAGAUGCCCUCCAGAAUGGUCUCAUCAGUGUUCGGGACAAGCAGAUGGAGUUCUUGAAGAAGCUCAAGAAGAAUGAGAGAUUGCUGGAAGAGGAGAACAAGCAUCUGACUUAUCUAUUGCACCAGCAGGAAUUGGCAAUGGAUGCAAAUGUAAGGGAACUGGAGCUUGGAUAUCCUUCGAAAGAUAGGGAUUUUGCUUCCCACAUGCCACUAGCCUUCCAUGUGCAACCAAUCCAGCCUAAUUUGCAAGAGAACAAUUAAUAUAAAAGUUCUCCUUAUGUUUAGUUGGUCUUCUCUUUUGGUGUUAAAUUGUCUGUAGACAUGUACUGUUUUUCAACUCUUGUAUUUUUCUAUACUCUCACUAUUUUCCCUGUCUGAAUCAGCAAAAGAACUCAUUAUGAUGUGCUAAUAGAUGCCUGGUUUAGCUAAAUUAUACAAGGGAGGUUGUUAUAUUAUAAUGAUUUUCAUGUGAUAAUCAUGUUCAUAUUACAGAUCUUAACAUCAUUGUGCUGAUAUAGAACAUUAUGUAUGAGAACUUGUAAUGGAGUUUUGGGUAAUUUCACUAUCUUA